GUGUGACACCCAGCGGAAGUAAACAAUAAAGCCUCAGCAGAGUUGAGAGACGCUUGUCUUGUUGUCUCUCAGCUGAAUAUUUCACUGUUUCAGCAACAAUGUCUUCAGUUCAGCAUCUGAGAGAGUUUAUCAGCGAGCGACUAACUGCUGCUGCUGAAGAAAUAUUCACAGAGUUUGAAAAAACCAUCGUCCAGUACGAAGAAGAGAUCGAUCGUCAGCGCAAACUGCUGGAUGUCACCUGGAAACCACAAAUAAAAUUCCACAUAACAGGUCUCCCCCAAGAACAUGUCUGUAAGAAGGAAGACGUUUUUCCAGACCAGCAACUUGAGAAGAGGAAUGUAAUUCUGAACCAGGAACAAUCAGAAUCUUCACAGAUUAAAGAGGAAGAAGAAGACCUCUGUACUAGUCUGGAGGAGGAGCAACUUGUACUGAAAGAGGAGACUGAAGCCUUUAUGAUGGCUCACACGCUUCAGGAAAGUGACUUCAGUGAACCAGAAUCAAACGCUGAUCAGUUUUACUCACCUAACUCUCCCAUACCUGAGAGCCCAAAUCAAGAAGAAAGCGAUCAUAUAGAUGUAGGAUCAACUGGAGAUGUCCAAGUGAAGCCAAAGAAGAAACAUCACAACAGCAGAUGUUCUAGUAACGAUGCAAAUAACUCUCCCAUUUCCAGUAAUGAGGGCAAUAUGGAAUCAGGUGAAAAAUCUUCAGAAUGUGAUGUUUGUGGAAAAGCCUUUGAAAGUAAUAAGAGUAUGCAGCUACAUUACAGAAUCCACAGAUGUGUGAAGCCUUAUCUUUGCCAAACAUGUGGGAAAAGCUUUCUUCACAAUCGCUCUUUGCUGACCCACAUGAGAAUCCACACAGGCAGGCAGCUGCACUCCUGUAAAACAUGUGGGAAGAGUUUUACUCAGAAUGGCAAUCUGCUGACCCACAUGAAAAUCCACACCGGUGAGAAGCUGUUCUUUUGUAAAACAUGUGGGAAAGGGUUUAUUAGAAAAAAUGGUCUGUUGAUCCAUAUGAGGAUCCACACAGGCGAGAGGCCUUUUUCAUGUGAAACGUGUGGGAAAAAAUUCGUUCAAGGUGCUCAUUUAAUGGCCCACAUGAAAAUCCACACAGGUGAGAAAUUGUUCUCGUGUAAAACAUGUGGGAAAGAUUUUUCCCGAAAAAGCUGUCUGUUGAGCCACAUGAGAAUUCACACGGGUGAGAGGCCGUUUGUUUGCAGAACAUGUGGGAAAAAAUUUAGUCAAAGCAGUAAUUUAAUGGUGCACAUGGGAAUCCACUCUGGGGAUAAACCAUUUACUUGUGAAAUUUGUGGAAAAACUUUCAGCCAAAGAAGUUAUUUGGCAGUUCACAUGAGAACUCACACAGGUGAGAAGUUGUAUUCCUGCGAGACGUGUGGGAAGAGUUUCACUUUCAAACGGAGUUUGACUUUCCACAGGAAAGGAAGUUGUGUUCUUUUGAAACAAUUAUAAAAUUGUAAUCUGACUGUUCACUUGACAGAGGAACAGUGACAAUGUCCUCGAAUAACUAAGGAAAUAUAUGUAAAUAAAAUAAAUACAUAAUGAAGAGUAGGAAAAAGAUGGUGCAUUAGGGGCUCAGCAUGCAGCAGAAAUUUAAAGGUCCCACAUUAUGCAAAAUUCACUUUCUAAAGGUUUUCUAACAUCCAUAUGUGUCCUCAUAGCCUGUGUAUGAGACCCAAAAAUGAGAAAAUUCUGUCAUCUCUCGCUUGCUCAACUUUUUAGCGAAUGUUUGCUUAAACGGGUGAGUCUGAGAUCUUUCUCUUUGUGACCUCAUGAAGGGAAUAACCACUGCCCCCAGUAGUGGACACUGCCAUUGACCCGCCCCUCGUGUUAGCUUAGCCUGGCCUCCAAAAUCACAGAGCGGGCGCCAGCGAAAGCUGGAUCCUCUCCCAGAGAGAGGCAUGGACAGGAACAACUCAUGAACAUUUGAAGGUUUAGACUCACUAGAGCCACAUUUGGAAAGGCUGACAUUACAGACCAAGGCUGAAUUUGGGCUAAAACACUUGGAAAGCAAAGCUGUUGGACCUCUGAAACCCAUAUGAAAUUAUUGAAAAAAGUAUAAUAUGGGAUCUUUUAUUUUUGAGCAGCUGUUAUAAUUACUUUUUAUUUCUAUGUUUUUUUAAUCUGCUGGUCUGACUUAAAUAAAUCAGUAUUGAAAAAUUACUUUGUGUUUGAGUUUGUUUUAUAUUUUGUACAACACUGUAAUUAAGUUAUAAGGAUAUUAAUGGGAGAAUAUUUAAGUAUGUUCUUUUAUCAAAGUAACUAAAAAAAUACUUUUAACUGUAACAUUAGUUUUUUGGUGUAAGAAAUCAACAAAGUAACAGUUACAUUUUGAAUGAAGUAACUAGUAACUGUAACCAUUACUCUGUUGUAUAGAGGAAGUUAAGGCUUGGAUGUCUUUUAAUUUUCUUCAUUUUAAUGACAGAAAGACUGAGGUGUUGCUAUUUGGGCCCAGUGAUGCAUAUAAGGGACCAGCUGACCUGGGGUUGUUGACAGA